UCAAUGUGCCAUCUCCUUCUCCGUUUAUCUAGUGCCUACCGACUGUGUGCCCGUGCCUUUGCCUGUGCCACUAACUACUCCUCCUUUUCCGACCCAACCUCGUGCACUCGUGCACUCCCACUCGUGCACUCGUCUAGUCCACCUCGUGCUAGCCUUGGACUGCCGACAUUCUCCCAUUGCCCAUUCCAGUUUCCAGUUCCCAAUUCCCACCUUGUCAAAUUCCAACCAUCGACCCUCCAACCCCAUCGACAAUAUUGACGACGACCACGACGAUCCUUCCCUAAAUUCUCCUUUUCCGACCUGGUCCUUUUUGUUUACUCUCUUUUUCCUGGUGCUCCUCCUGCGACGACCAACCUUAGAACCCGACCUGCAUUUCCCUCCCCCUCGAGGCCUAUUUCUGCAUCGCCCAUCGCCCAUUGCGCAAAGCAUCUGACCUUCUCUCGCAUCAUCUGCCUGUUCCGACCAACCAAGCAGGCCCUCCUCCACUUGUCCCGGUCCCGGCAGAACACUCCAGAACCGCACCAUUUGAGUUGCCCCGAUCAUCGAAUCAACUCCGUCAUCCGCCAUCCAACCGCCGACGCAUUUCAUUGUCACCUACGACAUUACCACCUAAUCGCUCCUUGCUUCUACUUUCUUUUGGAAUUUGAAUCAUCGACCGGCGUCAUGUCGGGCCGAUACGAAAGGGUUAACGCCCAGGACGAGGACGACGCCCCCUCGCCCAUCGCCGUCUCCAGGAACACCCGCUCGUCCCAGCCAAACUCGCCUCCCCCAUCGUUCCACUCCAGAGCCUCGUCCGUCGCACCACGGAACCGCUCCGUCCAGGACCCCACCCUCGCCGAUGCCUUCGACGCCGACGACUCAGACAGCGAUGACGAGCCCGACGACCGCCAACGCCUGGUGAGGCAGAACACAGACCCCGUCCAGUCCAGCAGCAGCAGCGGCGCCGCCCCCUACUCCCCAGCCGGCUCCGCGAGCACCCCGCAGCCCCCACAGCCCCCACGGCACCAGCAGUCGCCAUCAUCGGCGGCGGCGGCAGCAGCGGCGGCGACGAGCUCGAAUCGCGUGUUCGGCAGCGGCAUCCAGAAUGAGGGCGUCUUCUCCAACCUGACUGCCAAGCCCGAGAGAGGGGGCACGGAGAAGGAGGAAAUGCCUCCGACCUACGAACAAGCAGCAGCCGACUCAGCACCGCCCUACUGGGAGACGACCAUCCUGGCGCCCGGCCUCGGCGGCGCCGACGACGUCUACAUCGACGGCAUGCCCGUCGGCUCCGUCUUCUCCUUCGUGUGGAACGGCAUGAUCUCCAUGUCCUUCCAGCUCGUCGGCUUCCUGCUCACCUACCUGCUGCACUCCACCCACGCCGCCAAGAACGGGUCCCGGGCCGGCCUGGGCAUAACCCUCAUCCAGUACGGCUUCUACAUGAAGGGGAGCAGCGGCAAUGGGUCAGGCGGCGGCAUGGGCGGCGACGACGGGCCCGGUGGUGGUGGGGAUGCCGGGUUCGCGAGCCCGCCGGACCCGAACGCGCAUGAUUUCGACCCGAAUACCGUCGCGAGCAGCGCUGGCGGCGGCGGUGGGUCGGGCGGCCUGUCGGACGUGGCGAGCUCGGAGUGGGUCGCGUACAUCUUGAUGAUUGUCGGGUGGUUCAUCCUCAUCCGGUCCGUCAGCGACUACCUGCGGGCGCGGCGGCACGAGCAGCUCGUGCUGCAGAGCCCGGACCGCGGGCUGGGCGUGGCCAUCAUCGCCGAGGGCGAGAGCUCCGAGCGGGUUGUUUGAGCUGGGGAGGGGUGGACUAUUACUGUCUCUGUUUUUUUGGGUCCCCUGGGGGUUGUUUUCUAUAUCGCAACACUGCAAAAGGGCAUGUGUGGUGGGAUGGGAUGGGAUGGGAUGGGAUGGGCGGAAUCAGUGUUUAUACCAGUUGACGUUGAACCCGGGAGGUGGUGUGUGUGAAGCAUCAAUGAUGAGCGACGCGUUCUGCUCUCUCUUUUUUUUUUUUUUUUUUUUUUUGGUCCUCUCUUUCCUUUCUGUCAUGAUCAGCGGAGAAGAGGGGCAUACUAGGAGCGCAGGCAGUAUUCACAGAGCAUAAGCUGCGCCCUUGUUUUUUACCCACCCGUUUUCGUACUCCACAGGGCCAUGGAUGCCGUCCGUGGAUGGACGGGGCGGGGGAGGGGGGAGAAGGAGGUCUCUAUUAAGGUAAACUUUGCUGCUGUUGCGCAGGUGUGUUGUGUUGUUUAUUACUCGCCCGUCUGCCCGCCCACCCGCCUGUAUAUACCGUAUAUACCAUGCCAUGCCAUGCCACAGACAGACACACACACACACACACAGACCAUGCGGAUAUUGUACGGUCGUUGGUGAUGCCCGUGGCAUUUACCACAUGACGCAACAUGCACGAGCCUAGAUUUGGAUUUCUUACUAUAUUGAUUGACCUUGCG